AUGGAGCGGAGAAGGUGCGGAAGCCUGGGAGCCAUCCCGGGACUCCAGGGGCUGCUUUUGCUUUUCCACGCACUAGCUGGCAGCUUGGCGGAGCAAGAAGCGGAAAACCUUUCGGGGUUAUCUCCCAAUCCCGAAAAAGCUAUUUUUGUAGUUCGGGAAAACGGAACGACCUGCCUCAUGGCGGAAUUCGCUGCGAAAUUAAUUGUCCCCUACGAAAUUUGGGCCAGCAAUUUUGUUGAUAUGAUCACCGAGCAAGCCUACAUCCCGCUUUCCCGCGGAGCCGAGGAGCGAGGGAAAUGCGGCAGCAACGAAUCCGAGCUCCACAUUUCGUGGCUCUACAGAGCUUACACCCUCAGCCUUUAUUUUUCCAAGGUAUCGAAGGGAAGGCACCGAGGGAGAAAAAAGGUAUGGUACUCAUCCAAUGAUAACAUUUUCCUCUUGACAGCUGGGAAGCACACGGUCACAACGCGUCAUCUCUCUGCUUUAGUCACCCCAGCUGGGAAGUCUUAUGAAUGUCAAGCUCAGCAGACAAUCACCUUAAGCUCCAGCGACCACCAAAAAUCAGUCAUUCUCUUGCUGUCAGAGGUCCGCCUCCAGCCCUUUGACAUCAGCUCUGAUUUUGUUUUCAGUGAAGAACAUAAAUGUCCAGUGGAUCAAAGAGAGCAAUUAGAAGAAACGCUUCCUCUCAUCCUGGGCUUGAUCUUGGGAUUGGUGAUUUUGAUAACGCUUGGUGUUUAUCACAUCCAUCUCAAAAUGACAGCCAACCAAGUCCAAAUUCCACGAGACAGAUCUGAGUAUAAACAUAUGGGAUAGCUGGCAAAGGAAGUGGCCAGCUGAA